AUGAAGGAAUACAGAUUUCUUCCCACCAUUGAAUCAUGUAACAUGUAUAUGAGUUCACUGCUUAGUUUCAAUCGAGCAGACAUCGCGUUACCGUUUUACAACCAAAUGAGAAGAUCCAAGAUCACAAUCAAUGUGUUCACUCUCAACAUGGUGAUGAAUGAUUAUGUUCAAUUAGGGAAACUAGAGAAUGCAGUCCAAGUGUUCGAUGAAAUGCAAGGAAAAACCAAGAAAGCUGCUUAUUUGGUUAAAGAACAUGCUAAAAAGAAAUUAGUACCAAAUUCUUCAACAUUUUCUGCCCUAAUUAAAGCCCAAUGUGCUCGAAAGAACCCAGAUCGUGGUUUUCAACUUUAUAAAAGCAUGGUGAAAAGUAAUUGUCGUCCAAACGAAGAUACUGUGAAGAUGUUGAUUUUAUCAUUCUUGCAAACGGAUGAUUAUGAUGGUGCUUUUGGUGUUUUUAAAGAGAUGUUAGAGAGGCCUAUUGGGCCUGAUUUGGUUGUUUUGAGUGGGUUGUGUAAAGGGUUUUCAAAAGCUUGGAAAGAUAGAUUGGUUAUGGAUCUAUUAAGCGAGGUUGAUAAUUGGUGUUUUAGUUAUGAACGUUAUGAGAAAGUUAAAAGCAUUAUUUGUGACUCUAACAAUGAAGGUAAAGAACUUGAAGAAAAUGUGUAA